CCUUAAUAUUUCUAACUGGUUAAAUUUGAGCCUGGCUGCACCCUAUCCUUUGAAAUUCGGAGCAGCCACCUUGUGGGAAAACCUUUCUAGCCAGAGGAGGAACAGGAUAAUCUCCAGGACACUCUUUUGGUGCAGAAUCGAUUUGUCGUAAUUGAGGCAACACUCGCCGAAAAGUCUCCACGUCGUGCUCGUCAUUUUCGCCGGAUUGUAGGUUUCCGGGGUCUGUCGCUUUGCCGUUGAAUCGUGUCACUUCAUUCAGUUUUUAUGAUCGGUUCGCUCUUGGCGCUUUUCUCAUUGUUCUGUCCAUCAAUGGCUGCAAAUAGGGAACGUACUUUCAUCAUGGUCAAGCCUGAUGGAGUCCAACGUGGACUCGUCGGCAAGAUCAUCGAACGCUUCGAGCAGAAGGGCUUCAAGUUGGUUGCCAUGAAAUUCAUGUGGGCCGACAAAGCUCUCCUCGAAAAGCACUAUGCUGACCUAUCGUCUCGCCCGUUCUUCCCAGGACUCGUUAACUACAUGAACUCCGGCCCCGUUGUCCCAAUGGUGUGGGAGGGUUUGAACGUUGUUAAAACUGGCCGACAAAUGUUGGGUGCCACUAAUCCAGCUGACUCUGCUCCCGGAACCAUUCGUGGAGAUUACUGCAUUCAAGUUGGACGUAACAUCAUUCAUGGAUCUGAUGCCGUCGAAUCAGCCAAUAAGGAAAUCAACUUGUGGUUCACCGAAAAGGAAUUGGUCUCGUGGCAACCAGCCACAGAACAAUGGGUCUACGAAUGAGUGCCUAAAAACUUUAAAUUGUAAGAAGAAUGUGUGUGAAAAGAGGGCUCAAUCAACAAUCCAUGAGCCUGUAAAUAGUAUUGCAAUAGUUUGUAACAUCGUCGAACACACUAGCAUUUAUAAUUCCAUUUUCUCUACAACAAAUGAAAUGUUUGCUAAAGGAAAGAAUUUACUCAAACCGAUCAACAAUAAAAAAAUUAAAGUUAA